GGGGGGGUAAGGGUGGUUGUGAUGUGUGCAAACUUGUUUGCCUCAUCUGUGGUGUGAUAAGCUUCGGGUUGACAGUCUGGGCUGUUUUCUUCUCUGUCUCUCAGCUGGACUUCACUUCAUGCAGUGCACGCGGAUCCCACCGUGCAGCCGCGUGCUUAUUCAGCAAGUUCCCACCACUGAGUUUGUCAGAGCAAGGGAAUGAGGGCCGGGGGUUAAGCAGAUGUGCCACUUUUGUUUCAUAUACAUACGUUGAUAGUGAUAUUUGAUAUGUUGUGUUUGUAAGAGAGAAUAUUUCUCGUUCGCUGUUGUUUUGCUGCACUGAACAUAACGGCGCAAUUUAAUCCUUAUAGAAUUAGCGUGUUUACCUGCGUCUCGCCGGUGAAAUGACGUUGAGGGCAGCCGACAAUCUGCCGAGCGUCGCGGUUUAAUAGUAAACAGGCUCUCGCUGAAAGCCACGCGAGAGUGGAGGGGAUUGGGGCUUCUUUUCACACACUCCGUCACCUGGAAACCACAGGAGCCCACGAGAACCCUCCGCACAGGUGUGAAUCCGGACACGCGCGAUGGAUGAUUCAGGGAUCAUCCGUAGACGGAGGCUGCAGGAUUUACCUCUGCCGCGCAAAAGUAGCAAGUAAGUUAACAUUCACGCAUGUUUCUUCCUCUGUGUGUGUCUCUGGGUAGAUUUACAUGUUGUUGAGACAUUUGGUGGAUCUCAUACAAUUGUAUUCCAAGUCUGGGAAUGUCAUUAAUUCUCUGGAAAACUGAGACAAAUUCUACAUUUAAUGGGAUUUAAUGAGGUACUUUUGAGGUAAUUUUGCAUUGUUUUACUGCUGUUCUACAUUGUAUGGCCCACAUGUUUUCUGAGCUGAGAGACAAAACACAAACCAAGAAGGAAUGCCUUCUUUCGGUGCUCGGAAUCCUUGCAGCUUUGUUAAAGGAAGUCGCGGGGACAUGGUGGUAUUCUGCUUUCAGCCGGCAGCGUGUUCCAGCUCUGCGGGAGCCCUUUCUGCUCUCUGAGCGCCUCCGUCGACACAAUCUGUUGCACCAGUGAGCUGUGAUGGAUGAAAGUUCAGCAGCAGGAGAGCGGCGCUGUGACCUCAGCGCCCUGCGUGGUCGCAGAGAGGUUGGGAAGGGAGAAUGGAGCAGUACAUGACGUCGAGUGCAGAUAGUGAAUGACGGACAUCUUAUUUGUUGUUUUAUUACAUUUUUAUGAUUUAUCGAAGGUAUCGUAAUGCAACAGUCAUAUGCCCUGUAUGUACAUUGAAACUGGUGUCAAAGAGAUUUCUUCUUUGAGUGAUUUCAAUGUCAGCGACGUGACUAAAUUCAGUUCUCGUGCUGUGAGAAAAAUGACUUCCGGAGUUUAGCUGAAGCUGAUUUGAAGCUUCAACAGUCUGAGUCAGACAAAAAAUUGAAAAAACUCUGUCCAUGGUGCUGAAAUGAAACUCACCACUCUUUCUUUCACCGGCACACCGUGUUUUACUCAAAAAUAUGACAUGCGGACUGAUCUUUUUCACACAGAGGCUGAAGGGACAUUUGUUCCUAGCGGGUUUUUUCUGGCAGCGUUUUGUUUGCUUCAUAUUAAUUAAUGUUUGCGUCUUGAUAAAAUCCUCUCUUCUGCCGAGAUAGAGGUGAUGUUUCUCAUCUACUCUUAAAGUUGGAUUCGAAAAGCUGUAGCUGGCUGCAGCUAAAAGCACUUCACAAAUCAGGCAGAAUUUGGAAAAGUGUCUUAUGUCAUCUCUAAAGGCUGUCUGGAAAUGCCUUUGAACAUGGAGGGAAGGGGGGGGGUUGCAAUUUUCCACAAAAUGCUUACACUUUGCCAUCAUCAUUUCGAGUGUUGAAAUCCUUGAAAUCUCUCUGAAAUUGCUGUAGUCCAGAGCCAUACUUGCUUUUUUUUUUACUUUUGACUUGGCCGCUCUUGUGUGAGAGCAGAAUGUGAAUCUGUUUAUCAUGUAAACUGCUAUUGCUGCACUGAGGGAGCAGGAAGUUGUAAAUGUGAAGCAUGGAUUUAAUUCCCCGUAUUGAGCUGCACUUUUUAAAUAUUGAAUUGUAUGCAUUUUACCCUGCAUAGUCACUGUCUGGCAGCAGUAGCCCGAUGAUGCUAGCUUAUACAUGCCUGGUGUAUUUAAUGUCUUUCUGCAUCCACGUGUAAUUACAAUUUACCGCCUCACUCUGUUCGGCCACAUGAAUUUGUGUGUGUGUGUGUGUGUGUGUGUGUGUGUGUGUGUGUGUGUGUGUCAGUGAUCUGGUGUGCAGCAUGCAUGUGUGUCCCUGACUGCUGCCACGAAGUGUGUUUUGUCCCUGACCUCUGACCUCCGUGUGGCAGAUGUCACGGCGUGACAUGAAGGAGACACUGGAGCUUGAGGCUCACGGUCAGCCCCCCCCCCCCCAUGGGUUUUUCUCCACACAUCUUCCUGUGGGUGGAGCUGGAGUAUUAGACUAUGGGUGUAAUGAUGGGGCGUUUAUUGCAGAGUGAGAAUAAAGUGAGCUGAAGGACAAACAGGCUACCAGAUAUCUGAAAACACUGAGAGGUUAAAUAUGCUUCAGAAGAGACAAAAAACAACUCCCACAUUACACUCAAAAACAAACACACCACGUCUUCCAUAUGAUAUCAUGCUGCCCAUCCCUGUCUGUGACCCCCCCACUGUGUUUCAGUGAUAUCAUCACCCUCUUCCUCCCCCCUCCCCCGUCUCUCCUCGCACAUGUAUAUUUUAUCCAGCCAGACUCCCACAUUAGAGACGGCAUCCAUUAUUGAAUUACUCCCCUCAGCACUACUGUGCAACUGUCACCCCACGUCAGCUUUAACAUUUGGUGGAUUUGUUUCAAAGGGAGGGACACACACACACACACACACACACACACACACACACACACACACACAGAAAUGACAUCUCUCUUGGCUGGGCAUUGCAGAGCAGCUUCUGUUAUAUCUAGGGCAAAUAGAUGAUGCCAGAGCUCAUCCAAUAUGGCAUUUUACAAAGAAAAAAAUAGAACUGCGUCUCUAAGUGCAUUUUAAAAGGAUGCUGACGUCAUUCUAUAUCCGUUCCUACUGAAGAUGUAAAUCUUUAAAAAAGCAUUGCAGAAAUAUAGUUUAAUCCUGAAAAGUCUCAGUAAUUUCCUAAAGCAGCUUGGCACUGUAGCUUUAAGCAAACAUCACUUGAACAGGAGUAAAUAGUGCAUGCUUUGGGAUCUAUUUUCAGCUGCGGAUUAAUACACAUUUCCACCGCUAGUGAAUAUUUACAGCAAAAAAAACGGUAUUUGUGGGAUUGACUUAAAAUUAAGUCCAGUUCUGGUGUUCAAGGAAGAUGUCACCCAGUGUAACCGUGUGGUUUAUGAAUGUGUUUUCAAAGGGGCGGACCCAUUAUUUAUUCAUUAAAAAAAAAAAAAAAUUUUUUAAAUCAUUAUGUAGCUACCCAGCGGUGUUCCUUAUGAAUUCAAAUCCAAACGCACGUUCUAGUGUUAAAAUGCUAGUAUUAUGAGUAAGAUUUGCUCAAAACUAAAAUGCCCAGCUCUUUAGGGAAACUAUUUAGCCUUUUUACUGAAGGAAAAAAUGGAAGAUAUACAUCUUCAGUAGGAGUAGAGGGCCUUUAAACACAGAGGGCUGCAAAAUUUGUGCAUGAAAACUUUUCAUACCUGCAGUGAUGGGAAUGUGCACCAGAGUCGACACUUUUUCAGUAAAAGGUUCAAAUAGAUGGAUGCAAGCUGAGGACAUACUGGGAUCCUAUUGACCCAGAGCAGCGUCUGGCUGAGCUAAAGUGUUGUGUAGCCUAAGCUACUGAAAGCUAUUUGUUUGAGUUUCCUUUUAAGGAAGUGCUCUGAGUAAAUUUGAGUUAUCUCUGGCAUACAGUUACACAGUGUAUAUGUUUAGGGGUUUUAUUGUGAAAGGUGAGAAGGGGAAAGAGCGCAUCUGGUUGAAAAGAGUAAUAAAGUUUGCUGUCUUGGUUUAGACUACGGGGCCGUUGUUGUACACUAUAGUGUACGUUUUGAAUAUGUCAGUUUCACACAACGUGAUUGGUUGAUGCCUUUAUUUGCCAUGUGAAAGCUCAGAAAAAUCAACCUCAAAAAAUUAUUUUUUACCACAUAGUAUUCGCGUUCUACGUAUUCAUGACAAAAACAAUAGUUAAAAAUAUAACAAUGAUGUAUUAAUUAAUUACACAAAAAAAACACCCUCUGUGUGUAAAGCAUGGGGAAGUCAGAAAGCAAUGAGGGACUAAUACAUUGUUGGUUUUGGUCUUUUCAUGAGAUUUAUUGACAAAAACAUCGAUUUUUGCCAGCCUUAUCCUUUAAUAGCUUUUGGGCACAGAGGAAUAAAAUCUAUCAGUCUUUGUUAGUUGGAUGAAUCCAUUGUUGGCUCUGGUCUUUUCGGUGGAUUUGUUAUGUAAUAAGAUAAAUAUAGAAUAACAUCAUCAUUAUCCCUUAAUGGUAUUAUUUUUUUUACGAUGUCAGUACCAGCAGUAACAUACACACAAAAAAACACUCACAUGUGAAAACCAUCGACCGUCUUCCUGUCUUGUCAUUCACAUUAGUCGUCAGAUCGUCUCUCCACCUCUGAUUGGCUUUCACUCGCUCGUUCUUGCAUUCUCACUGUCUCUCUCACUCUCUCUCUCUCAUUCAUACUGUGCAUAUACCUGUAGGGUUUACUGACCCCCCUCCCCUUUCCAUCUCUCUCUCUCUCUCACUGCCACCCUCCCCCCUCGCUCUGUCGCUCCACACUUCCUGACUUGGCACGAUACCCUUGAGAGCAGCCCCACAAUCCUCUCUCCGUCUGAGAGGGAUGCUCACCAGCCGGUCCCCUCUCUCCACCUCUUCCCUCCUCUCUCUCACUCUCUCUCUCUCUCUCUCUCUCUCUCUCUCUCUCCCUCAUACACUCUUGCACGCAAACUCGUCUCGGCGAGACAGCGGUGAGUGUGUGUGUGUUCAACUGGCCAGAGGAGGCUGACAUGCCGGUGUGGAGCGUAAUCGCUGCCUCUUAACUGCCUCUGUGUGGGUGUGUGUGUGUGUGUGUGUGUGUGUGUGAGUGAGUGAGGCUCAGCUGCUCUCAUGAUCAUCUGCCAACACAGCCUCUGCUGCUAGCAACAUGUUUCGACGCACAAAAAGUUGCAGAACCAGUAACAGGAAAAGCCUCAUCCUGACCAGCACGUCACCCACCCUGCCACGGCCGCACUCUCCACUGCCUGGACACAUAGGAAGCAGUCCGUUGGACAGCCCGCGCAACUUCUCACCAAGUGGACCUGCCCACUUUUCCUUCGCCUCCUCUCGCAGGGCUGAUGGUCGUAGAUGGUCCUUGGCUUCGCUGCCUUCUUCCGGAUAUGGCACCAAUACACCCAGUUCAACGUCAUCCAGCUCAUCCCAGGAGCGUCUGCACCAGCUGCCCUUCCAGCCGACCAUGGACGAGCUGCACUUCCUGUCCAAGCACUUUGGCAGCACCGAGAGCAUCACGGACGACGAUGGGGGCCGUCGCUCGCCGCACGUCCGCCCUCGCUCUCGAAGCCUCAGCCCGGGGCGCUCUCCAUCCUGCUAUGACAAUGAAAUAGUGAUGAUGAACCAUGUCUACAAGGAGCGCUUCCCCAAGGCCACGGCUCAGAUGGAGGAGAGGCUGGCAGAGUUCAUCCAGAACUACUGCCCAGAGAGUGAGCUGCCACUGGCCGACGGCGUCCUCAGCUUCAUCCACCACCAGGUAGCCGAGCUGUCCAGGGACUGCCUGACCAAGUCACGCGAGGGUCUCAUCACCAGCGUCUACUUCUGUGAGCUGCAGGAGAACCUGGAGAAGCUGCUGAAUGACGCCUACGAGCGCUCCGAGAGUUCGGAGCUCACCUUCGUCAUUGAGCUGGUCAAAAAGCUCUUCAUCAUCAUAUCUCGUCCAGCCAGGCUCCUCGAGUGUUUGGAGUUCAACCCUGAAGAGUUUUACCAUCUGCUGGAGGCAGCGGAGGACCACGCCAAGGAGGGACAACUGAUGAAGGCGGACAUCCCUCGAUACAUCAUCAGCCAGUUGGGGCUGACCAGAGACCCGCUGGAGGAAAUCAGCCUCGACAGCUACGACAGUGAGGGUCCACACACUCCAGAGACCGAUGACUCGGCAGAGGGAAAAGGGAGAACCAUCAAGCCACCGAGUGAAGAAGAUUUUCAGAGCAUCAAGCUGAUCAGCAAUGGAGCUUAUGGCGCCGUCUACCUGGUGCGACACAGAGAGAUGCGUCAGCGCUUUGCCAUGAAAAAGAUCAACAAGCAGAAUCUGAUCCUGAGGAACCAGAUCCAGCAGGCGUUCGUGGAGAGGGACAUCCUCACCUUCGCGGAGAAUCCGUUCGUCGUCACCAUGUUCUGCUCCUUUGAGACGCGGAGACAUCUGUGCAUGGUCAUGGAAUAUGUUGAAGGUGGUGACUGUGCCACUUUGUUGAAGAACAUCGGGGCUCUGCCUGUGGAGCUGGCGAGGAUGUACUUCGCUGAGACUGUUCUAGCCCUGGAAUACCUGCACAACUAUGGCAUCGUCCAUAGAGACCUGAAACCUGACAAUCUACUGAUCACCUCCAUGGGGCACAUCAAGCUUACAGACUUUGGCUUGUCGAAGAUGGGUCUAAUGAGCCUCACCACCAACCUGUACGAGGGGCACAUUGAAAAAGAUGCCAGAGAGUUCCUGGACAAGCAGGUGUGUGGUACUCCAGAGUACAUCGCUCCAGAGGUGAUUCUCCGUCAGGGCUACGGAAAGCCGGUGGACUGGUGGGCCAUGGGCAUCAUCCUCUAUGAGUUCCUGGUGGGCUGCGUGCCUUUCUUUGGAGACACUCCGGAGGAGCUGUUUGGACAGGUCAUCACAGACAAUAUAGUUUGGCCAGAUGGCGAUGACGCCUUGCCUGAGGAUGCCCAGGACCUCAUCUCCGCCCUGCUGCAGACCAACCCUCUUGUGAGGUUGGGUACAGGUACUAACAGGAGCGGAGCGUUUGAGGUGAAGCAGCAUCCGUUCUUCACAGAGCUGGACUGGAACAGUUUGCUGAGACAGAAGGCAGAAUUCAUCCCUCACCUGGAGUCAGAGGAGGACACCAGCUACUUUGACACCCGCUCGGAUCGGUAUCACCACAUCAAUACGUACGACGAGGAUGACACCAAUGACGAUGAGCCGGUAGAGAUCAGACAGUUCUCCUCUUGUUCUCCUCGCUUCAGCAAGGUGUACAGCAGCAUGGAGCAUCUGUCUCAGCUGGAGCACAAAGCUUCCAACUCCGUGUCCCGUCGGGAGCACAAGGGCCCGCGGGAUGACAAGGUGACCAAGAGAGAGAGCCUGGGCAGCUUCAGCAUGAGAGACAAGAGCUGGAGGACCGGAUCCCCAGAGAUGAAGCGCCUGUCUUGUUCAGAGUCCCUCUACAUGGAGGGGGAUGCGAGCCCUCCUCUUGGCGCUCGCCGACGCUUCUCAGCACUGAUGGACACACAUCGUUUUGCCUCAGCGCUAGACGGUGAGCCAGACUUCCUGUCCCGCCAGGCACCCAUGAAGGUCCGUGGAACCUCCCUGGACGGGACCAGUGUCCCCUCACCGAGCCUCCUGGAGCAGAGGAACGGUCUGAAGGAGAUCAACGGAGCAGACAAGUCCCCUAGACAUGGAGAGACACCAGGAGUUCCCACUGCCCCAUUAACCCCAGGGCCUGCAGUAGCCGGUCGUGAUGUGAUGACCCCUCUGUACGACCCUCUGGGGCCCCGGGCCACCAAUGACCUGGUCCUCCGCAGAGCGCGCCAUCAGCAUUUGUCUGGCGACAGCGAGAAACGCAACUCCAGAGCUGGAAACAAGGUCAUCAAGUCAGCCUCUGCUACGGCCCUGUCUGUCAUCAUACCAUCAGUGGAGCAGUAUGGCGGUUUCUCUCCGCUGGCCAGCCCCAUGUCCCCCCACUCACUCUCCUCCAACCCCUCGUCCCGAGACUCUUCGCCCAGCAGAGACUUUUGCCCGGUAGUCAGCGUGCUGCGCUCUCCCAUCACCAUCCAUCGCUCCGGAAAGAAGUACGGCUUCACUCUCAGGGCCAUCAGGGUCUACAUUGGAGACAGUGACAUCUACAGCGUGCAUCACAUUGUUUGGCAUGUGGAGGACGGCGGCCCCGCCCAGGAAGCUGGCCUGUGCGCCGGUGACCUCAUUACCCACGUCAACGGGGAGUCUGUCCACGGUCUGGUCCACACUGAAGUGGUAGAGCUCAUCCUCAAGAGUGGAAACAAGGUGACGGUGACAACCACGCCUUUUGAGAACACCUCUAUUAAAGUGGGUCCUGCCCGCAAGGCCAGCUACAAGUGUAAGAUGGCCCGACGAAACAAGAGGACCAUAGGAAAGGACAGCCAGGACAGUAAGAAGCGCAGCUCCUUGUUCCGUAAGAUUACAAAGCAGUCCAAUCUGCUGCACACCAGCCGCAGCUUAUCCUCUCUGAAUCGCUCUCUGUCCUCCAGUGAGAGUCUCCCUGGCUCCCCGACUCACAGCUUGUCUGCCCGGUCUCCGACUCAGGGCUACCGCUCCACCCCCGAGCCCUCAUACCUGGGUGCCUCCUCCCAGAGCAGCUCUCCGGCCUCCAGCACUCCAAACUCCCCCGCUCCCUCUCAGCACAUGAGGCCCAGCUCCCUGCACGGCCUCUCCCCGAAACUGCACCGCCAGUAUCGCUCUGCCCGCUGUAAGUCUGCAGGCAACAUACCCCUGUCCCCGCUCGCCCACACGCCCUCCCCCACCCAGUCCUCGCCCCCGCCGUUGCCUGGCCACACCGUGGGGAGCUCCAACACCACCCAGUCCUUUCCCGUCAAGCUCCACUCCUCGCCGCCGGUGGUCCGCCCCAGGCCCAAGAGUGCUGAACCCCCUCGAUCGCCUCUUCUCAAACGGGUGCAGUCGGCGGAGAAGCUGGGCUCGCCUCUAACCCAGUCCAGCUCAACAGGAGGACUGGGCGGUCCGCUAAGGAAGCACAGCCUGGAGGUGCAGCACUCUGAGUACCGUAAGGAUGCCUUCCUCUGUGAGCUCGGGCUCCAGAGCCUGCUGGAGACGGACGGGGAAAACUUGCCCCCUAAUCCUCCACCCCUGCCCUCAUCCUCUACAAACCCGGAAACCGGUGUCCUGAAGCCUGUGAGGAGACUAGGGAGACAGGAGUCACCGCUCAGCAGAGAAACACUGCUGGCUGGGAGGGACAGGGAAGAGAGGGAGAGGGGACGGGAGAGGGAAAAAGAGAGGGAUACUGAUACCGCGACAGUCCUGGAGAGAUUGAGUCGCUUUGGAGCAACAGGAUGCCAGUCGUCAUUAACAAGAAAAUCUCAUAGUGAGCUGUCCUUUAGCUCGCAGGCUGGCCAGAGCUCCAGACUUUGUGCAGAAACCACUAAAGCUACAAGUUCUUGCACCCCUAGCAAAACAACAGGAAGUCUAAGUGUUCAGAAGGGACCUGAAAAGAUCCCUCAGAGUCCGGCGGACUUAACGUCAAAACAGCAAGACCCCAUGGGAGCCAAAAGUGUGUUUUCUAAUAUUAAAGACGUCAAGGAGCAGCUGUGGGGCAGAACUGAACCGAAGCAGGAAGGAGACAACAGGGGUAGGCCUGGUGUACCUGGUGCUGCCUUCAACAGGAGCUCUGCUUCCACUCCGGAUAAAUCCAUCGGCGUCAACGCGUCAGCGAAAGCCGGUCCUCUAAACAUGAGCAAACCCUUUAAACCAUCAGGUAUGGGGGACAGCCUGAGAAAGGCUGGAGCAGAGAGCGGCGACUCGAGGACUCCAGACUUCGGCUCCAAAAGCCCCAAGCUACUAGCGCGGAUUCUUGCCCCCGUCGUCCCCCCACAUGGGCAGCCGCUCUUGCUGGGCAAGGUGAGGCAAGGACUUGGGCCCGUCAACUGCUACCGGGGGACUCUUGACUGGGAGGACAAAUGUCGCCUAGAAGUGGUGGAGGAGCAUUCGCCUUCCCCCUCUCCCUCCCCGACGUCCGUCACCCCCUCCCUCUGCGGACCAUUGCUCUGCAAGUCGCGGCCCGUCUCCCCUGGCGAAAAGACGAGCUUCGUCAGCCAGCUGACCACUGUGGCCAAAAACGUCCUCGGGCCGAUCAAGCUUGGCUCCCAGGAGGGGUCCAAGAGCAAAGAGCAGCAGACUAAGGCGGCGGAGGAGAGGCAGGGAGGGGCAGCGGGAAAGUCUGACACUCCCGCUGGAGGUCGAGUGGUUGUUGGGGCUGCAGUGGUGACCCAAAGUCCUGCUGCUUCACCGCUAGAGAGGGCUGCCAUGGGAAGCAGCCAGUCGAAAAUGUGACCCCAUGGGGUCCCUAAAUGGGACUUUAGUAAAAAAAAAAGUAAAAAAAAGAUAUGCCUUUUUUGGAAGAACAAUGUAACAGAAGUCAAGCACUUAACAAUGUACAUUCCAGUUUCAGAGUACAUGAAAUGUGGUUUAUUGAUUCCAAUGAUUGACUGAUUCUAACUCAAAACCAGGAGUGAAACAAUCUAAUGUAAAGGUGCGUUCUCUGUUGAUUUUCUAUUAUAAAGUAUUUAAUAAGAGGAUUCUUUAAUGUAACGUGGAACACUUUACCAGAUGUAUAUGUGUGUGGGUCUAUGUGAACGCAUGUCAUAUAUGGUAUGUACUGUACAUGUAUAAUAGGUACAAGAAAGUCAAAAAGUGCUUUACCGAUCAAAACAUGCUGAAAACUGUGAAUACCAAAAUCCAGUCACUCUAUUUUCUCUUUCAAACCAGCGCUUUGUUCUCUCACUGCUUUCUCAAGCAAGACAAUGACGAAGUCGUGGUCACGUUGUAGUAUUUGCAUCAAACGAGGCAGCCGAGCCUCAGUUUGGUUUCAGCGGGUGAGCAAGCAGCAAGAUGAUGGAGCUCAUUUCUUCUCCAUCCGGCAGUUUACAGAGUCGCUGUGCAUGGGUCAGACAAAGCUGAAGCAGGCACUCUGUCAGUGGAUGUCAUGUCUAGCUCUGACUGUCGCAGGAGAUUGUGUGUGUGUGUGUGUGUGUGUGUGUGUGUGUGUGUGUGUGAGUGUGUGUGUGUGUGUGUGAGAGAGAGCGUGUGAAGCCACCUUGGGUCUAUUUCUGCUGCUUCUUGGAGGCUGUGUCGUCCUGCAGAGGAAAGCGUGUUUGACAGAGCUCCGGCUCAGCGCUUAUCUCCCCUUUGCAGGAGGGCUGCCACAGCACCCUUUUUUUCAGCCAACACACACACAAACACGCACACACACUCACAUUGCCACAGGAGGCAGCACUGUCAGCAGCUGAUUUUAUUUUUUAUGCAUUUAAACCCGUGGUCCUACGAAUUGGGAUGCAAGUGUGUUUUGCGAGUGAGUUAAGAAAUGUGUGAGAACGCGUGUCUUUUCGUGGGGUAAUUACACUCAGCAAGGGUCACGACGGGGAACCAAACUGGAAAUAAACAGGCGGCAUUUCGGAUCCAGUAACAGUUACAGGCUUUGCUGAACAUUCUCCGACUUUACUAACAAAUCACACAGGCUCAGUGAUGGUAAUGUUUGUGGAUAUAGUACACAAAAAAAAGUAAUCGUAAAACACAGAGUGAACCCAUGUGUUGUUUCGAGCCCAAACGGGGGAAAGCAGGCCGUUAUGGAUGUAGCAUACAGUUAUGUGUUUGUUUAAGGGCUCUAUAGAUAUGGUAGGGGUUGUGGAUAUGGGUACAGUAUAUCGCAAUGAACAUGUUGCUGUAAAAGCAAAGUUAUCUGCAGUAUAAUCAGAAUGACUGUGUUAGGUUGUUAGGAACCACAAGCUAGGUAGUCGAGAUCGAUUCAUGUGAAACUCACUUUUUUGAGAUGUAACAUACUGAUUCAACGAUCUUAGCAAGAGCGCUGAGAAGGAUUAAAUGUUCACCGGGAGAAACAACUUGUGCUCCUCUCUCCCGCCGGUCCUAUUCGUUCUCAGUAACUGUCCGGUGUACAUCAUCUCAUGCCACUCAUUCACAGCUGUGUGUGUGUGUGUGUGUGUGUGUGUGUGUGUGUGUGUGUGUGUUUGUGUGUGAGGACUGCUGUCACUGAGAAGAGUACAGGGUUUAAAUGAUUGAAUCCAUUUUUGAUUUCAUCGAAACGUUGAUUCUUCUAAGCUCUAGAAAUGUAAACUGAUUACACCAACAACAACUUCACACAGAUAUGCAUUUCAUUGUCCAAAAGGGGGGGGGGGGGGGGGGGUUUGUUCUCCAACUGUUUUACAUUAAGUAGGCUACUUCCUGUACAGUUGUGCUGGCAGCGGUUUUACAUCAGCUGGCAACAUUGUUUUGGUUUGGAUCUGUCUAAAAAAAACUAAAACAAUGAGCUGGAAAUGGUUAAAAGCUAUGCAGAGCUACAAAGUGGGAAGUUGAUUUUUGUGGUCUUGGCAGAUCUUUUUACAUAACCAGUCGGUAAUAUGUAUAUUAAAAAAACAUAUAUUAAUGCAUCUUUAAUGCAAUACAGAUUGAUUUUUCCUUUUUAGAGGAUAGCAAUCCAUGCUCAAAUCAAACAAUGUUCGAGGGUGUUCCAAUGAUUUGACACCCCUCAUCAGAAAGUCUCAUGCAGUUCACGCAACAAACCAUAGUUUUCUUUCAUUCAGCGUCGUACUCUACUGCCCUCCAGUGGUUUAAAACAUCCACUGUAAGACAUGUUUCCAUAACAUGUUCAUUAAUAAUCUGCUGGAGUGAGAGUUACGACCACUAAAAUACUGCAGAAUGGAGGUUAUUAGCCAUAGGGUUACUGAAUAUGCAUUUAUGUUUAUAAUGACAAAAAUCUUUGCAGUAAUUAUCAAAUGAACACUUGAAACAUGAAUUUAUUCCUUUCCUGUUGUCGUGUUCUUGACGUGACUGUUAAUUAUAUCUUCUGGGAUAGGGAUUGACAUUUUUAAUAUAAUAUACUGUCUUAUAUAUUCUACUGAUAGGAAGCAGUUCUUUUAUAUCUUGAUGUAAUAAAUGAGGCAUCAGGUCAGCUCUGAUAACCUGACUAAGAAAACUAACUGUAAUGUAAUCUUCUACAGAUAUUACGCCCACUUUCAGGCCUUUUUUCCGAAUCAAUGGUGUCUAUAGUGUUACAUGUUUGAGAAUUUCUUUUUUUCUUUUUGUGAUUGACAGAGAGAGUAGUAUAAAUGCACUUUAUUUGGAAAAUUUGCUGGUAGUUUGUAAGUUACUUUGACGAAAAAGAAAAUAUAGCCUACUGUAUACAGAUAUGUAUUCUAGAAAUGAAACGCGAAAGUCCAAGUAUAAAAACAUUCCACGUUUCUCUGUUCACUGACAGUGUAUUUAUUUGUACCAUGGGGCAUUUUUGUUUGUGAUAGAUGUGAUUCAAAUGCAGACACCUGAAGUGCAGUAUGUGGAAUAAAAAUUUGUUCCAAGAUUUGUUCCAAGA